AUGGCCCCCAUUACACUUGAACAGCUCCACCAAUUUCACAAAAUGGAUCGUCAAGUCUUCUCUUGCUUGGUCAUAAAAUUGGCUCGUGACCCAGCACAGUCCCUUCUAGUCAUGGCCUUGUGGCUAUGGCUAGAAAAUACUACAUUCCUUAAUUUCAUUUCAAAAUUGGCUAAUCUUUCAGACUCACUAAUCAACACUUUAGCCAAUGAAGCUGAGACUUGCUUGAAGUGGUUGGGGUUAGAAAACACUCGAAUCCCAAAUGGUAGUGUCCUUCCUCUAACCUCUUCCUUAAUUCAUAGGGAAAUAUCUCUUCAACUCUUCAGCCAAAAAAGGUUCACUUGCAUUGCUGGUAUUAAGAAUAUUCUCAAUAAAACUUGUGCUAGAAUUUUCACUGAUAUUUUACAAAACAUUUUGGGUAGCACUAGCACCUCACUACAUAGUCUUCAUAGACCCUUUGUUGUACCAGGUUUUCCUCAUCCAUUAUUUGGUACCUUCACUGUUCCACCCAUAAAUUUUGUGGAAUUAGAUUUGUCUGAUCCGAGGAUAUGGGAUAACAAGCCGCCAUCCGAUGAUGUUACUGAUGAUGACAAAACUAUGUUCUUAACAUUUUCUAGGGGCUUUCCUGUGACAGAAAAUGAGGUGAGGCAUUUAUUUACAAGUACCUAUGGAGAUUGUAUCAAGGUUCUAAACAUGGGAAAUUCAGACACGAGUGAUCAAGUUUUAUUUGCCACAAUGGUUUUGAAUAAUGUGGAAACGGUUGAUCAAAUUCUUAAUGGAAAACACACUGCGAAGUUUCGGGUCAAUGGAAAACACAUUUGGACUCGAAAGUAUGAGCGUCGUGACUAA